GGAAGAAAUGGCGAGGGUUGACCCCGCAGGACAGAAGGCCGUACGUCGAGGAAGCCGAGAGGCUGAGGGUCAUACACAUGCAGGAACAUCCGAACUACAAGUACAGGCCGCGGCGCAGGAAACACGCGAAACGGGCCCCGGGGGCCCCGUCUUCUCCUCCAUCGGCGACCAACACUGCGGCCAAUAGGUCCAACCCCUCUGGUACCACGAUUCAUCAUUCCAUGUAAGUCGAUAUCUCCUUACCUCGCAGCGGCGUUUUAAAACUUGGCGUCCACGCGGCGCUCGACAAUUGAGCAAGGAAUACUGCUGCUGAUUCACUCAAUUUCACGUGAAACUGUCCAAUGCAUAUCAAAGUUUGAUGUUCUUGAUUUCUUGAACGGAUCAGGAAAUUAUGGUCGA